UUUUUUAAAUAAAAUAUAUUCUCCAAAAUUGACCAAGAAAAUACACAGUGGUGGGGUUGACCAGUGGGUUUUUAACUUUUACUGUGUUGGACAAAGAAAGAAAGGAACGAUCUUGGUCACACAAGCUGCUUAUUUAAGCAUUCAGUUCAGCUUCUCGGGUUUUUUCCUUUCUCAUUCUUCAUUUUGUUAAUUUGUUUUGUGUUCUUGUGUUAAUCUGUUAGAGUGCAGAAAUAAAUCGCCGCUCAUCUAUUCAGCUUUGGAUUUUAAUCGGAUACCUGAGGUGCAGAUUUUAUACUGGAUCUGAGGCGAGCCUUUGUGCUAACACCUGGUCAACGUCCUCUUCCCUAAUCUCCCCUCAGAAUCAAAUGCAGGCAAAAGUUUCCUCUAAUCCACCCUCUCUUCCAGAUUUCACUUUGCAGCAUAAUUGUCAACAGAGGUGGGAAGAUCCCUCUAUGUCAGAUUACAGUAUCCGGAUGGAAGCCCUGUUUAAAGAAUUCAACCAAGCCUGUGGAGCCCAGUUUUUGCUUCCGCGUGAUUCCAGCAAUGAGAUCAAGAUCCCUAAUCAAGAAAGUUGUCAGAUUGGCGACACAUCACGAACCGGUAAACUCCAAGAUUGGGAUCCUACCAUAAUGUUGGAAAAUCUUUCUUUCCUGGAAGAUAAGAUUCAUCAGCUCCAGGGUUUGGUGCAUUUGAUUGUUGAUCAGAAAGGUCAACAAUUUGGACAACCUGAUGAACUUAUAAGUCAAGAGAAGCAGCUUGUCACUGCAAAUCUGACAUCAAUUAUUGUUCAAUUGAUCUCUACAGCUGGAAGUCUUCUUCCUUCUGUCAGGCUUAAUUCAAAUGCCAGUUCAUCUGCCGGACAGCAUGGCCAGAUUCCUGGUGUUACUUUUCCUUCUGCAUUGGAUCUUAGUAGUAGUAUCCCACCACAACAUAAUAUCAGAGACAAAAGACCUGAACAGUCCAACCAGGCUGAUCCUACAAAUAUGUGUGAAAUGGAGCAAAACCACGUGGAAGAACAUGAAUCAAAAGAUGAAGAGGAUGUGGAGGAAGGCGAGAACCUUCCGCCGGGUUCCUUUGAGAUUUUACAGCUAGAAAAAGAAGAAAUCCUUGCUCCUCAUACACAUUUCUGUACAAUAUGUGGAAAGGGAUUCAAGAGAGAUGCAAAUCUUCGGAUGCAUAUGAGAGGCCAUGGUGAUGAGUAUAAAACCCCGGAAGCGCUAGCAAAACCUAACAAAGAAUCUGUGUCUGAACCAAAGCUCAUAAAGAGAUAUUCCUGUCCCUACCGUGGCUGCAAGCGUAAUAAGGAUCACAAAAAGUUUCAACCUCUAAAGACUAUUUUAUGUGUGAAAAACCAUUACAAGAGAAGUCACUGUGACAAGAGUUACAUUUGCAGCAGGUGCCACACCAAGAAAUUUUCGGUCAUGGCAGACCUUAAAACUCAUGAAAAGCACUGUGGUAAGGAUAAAUGGCUAUGUUCAUGUGGCACAACAUUCUCAAGGAAAGACAAGCUUUUUGGGCACAUUGCUCUGUUUCAAGGCCAUACACCAGCAAUACCCUUGGAUGAAUCAAAAGCACCAGCUGGGCUAGCUGACAUGGAAAUCAAGGAGAACAAUAAUAAUAAUAACGGAGGAAGCAUUAACUUGAGCUUUGGAUCAAAUGCUUCUUGUGAAAAUGGAAUUCAAAACAUUAUGGAUGUGAAAGGUAUUGCUGAUGAUCCUAUCAGUUACCUCUCAUCAUUGAACUUUGAAACCUGUAACUUCGGUGAAUUCAAUGAUUUUCCUCGACCCCCGUUUGACGACGCCGAAGGCUCAUUUCCUUUUCUCAUGUCCGAAUCCUUCAAUUAUUCUCCUAAAUCUGGGGGAGCAGCAGGUUCUGACAAUCUGGUGUGAAUCUUGUGAUAAUUUAUGAUGAUGAUGAUAAUGAUGCUCUAGUUUUAGAUCGUGAAGGGAUUACUUUACUGAUUUCAUUGAAAUUUGUAAAGCAUAGUAAUCUCAUGUACUUGCAAUUCCAUAUAUAGACAGAUAUUUCCUUAAAGUUUAUAUUCUUUAUUCAAACCGAAA